UGACUGAGUGGAAGACAUGACUAAAGUUAUCAAUGUUGCCUUGGAUGUUUGCUGACACUUCGUUUUAACUUUCAACAUUUUUCUGAAUGUACAGUAACAGAUUCUAAUGAUUGAUCUCUAUGACAUUAAUAGUCAAUGUUCAAUGGGUGACAGCAAUUAAUCGUCGUAUGCUUUGACAGUAAGUGAGAUAAUUUGCCCUAGUACACAAUGUUUAAAGAAUGCUCUGUAUGGCAUUUUGUGAUGGAAAGUCACUGGCUUAAAUCCCAAGUGGAGUUAUAAAUGUUGUGCCCGGAGGCAGCCGUGCUGAUAGGGUUCAGUACAUUUCCAGCCACAUGCACACACCAGGAAUACAUAAGUAGGCUAAUCAUUUUGCUCAUUAUUCUUUUUGCCAGGAGGUUCCUUUCGCGGUGUAACUGUCAGAGCAUAAUGGUGGCAUUUAAAGGGGUCUGGACCAAGGGCUUCUGGAGGGCUGUGUCUGGAGAAUACCUGGCCACUCUCAUCUUUGUCCUUCUCGGUCUGGGCUCCACCAUCAACUGGGCUGCGGGGGAGGAGAAGCCUCCCCCAGCUGACCUCGUCCUUAUCUCCCUGUGCUUCGGGCUGAGCAUUGCCACCAUGGUGCAGUGUUUCGGCCACAUCAGUGGUGGACACAUUAACCCCGCGGUCACUGUGGCUAUGGUUGUAACUAGAAAGCUGAGCCUGGCCAAAGCAGUGUUCUAUGUGGUGGCUCAGUGCCUGGGAGCUAUUACAGGAGCCGGGAUCCUCUACCUCGUCACACCUGCUGCUGCCAGAGGGUCCUUCGGUGUGACCACGGUGAACUCCAACAUCUCAGUGGGACACGGCCUUCUUGUGGAGCUCCUUAUCACCUUCGAGCUGGUCUUCACCAUCUUUGCCACCUGUGAUCCCAAACGCACAGACCUCGGAGGCUCUGCUAGCCUCUCAAUUGGCUUUGCUGUAGCUAUUGGUCACUUAUUUGCAAUCCCUUACACAGGAGCCAGCAUGAACCCUGCUCGAUCCUUUGCGCCUGCUCUGGUCACACUUAACUUUGAGAACCACUGGGUGUACUGGGUGGGACCCAUUCUGGGGGCCAUCCUUGCUGCUGGCCUGUAUGAGUACCUGUACUGCCCCGACCCUGAGAUGAAGAAGAGGCUGAAGCAGGUCUUUCAGAAGGACCCGUCAAGGAAAUACAGGGAGGUGGAGACAGAGGACAUUGCCAUCAAGCCGGGAUCCAUCCACAGCAUUGAUCUGGAGAAAGCCGAGAAAAAGGAUCCUUUCAAGGACUCAACGGGAGAAGUGUUGUCUUCAGUAUGACUAUCACGUGCACUGGAAAUGGAGACCAAUCUGUAGAGCAGAAUGAUAAUCAAACUUUGGAGUGUCCAUCUUGAGCUUGUCUCCCGAUCCAAAGCAGAAUAUGAUUUCUGUCCACGAGGCCUCACAGCAAAGUAGAAUUACUCUCAUUGCCAUAAAGCUAAUAUGAUGUUACGGCUCAAUCCCAUAACCUGUUCAAUAUUCCUCCUGGGGCCCUCCCUUAACGAUUUUGUAGCAGUGUUGGCGUGUGAGGCACACGCUGCAGAGCGACUGCACAUUGUGUUGGGGAAAUAUGUGUGGGGUCAAGAAAUGAUGUGGGGGCAUCACGCUGAAUUGGAGAAAUGAAGAAGAAAACGCAGGCUUGUUAUUUUUGGAUUAGUGUCACAUGUGGUCCGUGUACUGUAUGCUUAAUGACAGGAGAGAAUUUCCUUGUAGUCAUUAAGCACAUUAAGGUCCCAAGCAAUGUGAGUUCAGCUCUGACGAGCAUUAUCACCAGAGCUGUGUUACCAGCACUCUCUGUUUUCAGUGCAUUAGUCUGGGAAAAUAAGCAGUUCAUGGACACGGUUUCUGUAAAAGUCUCUCCACCUUUUUGUUUGUUGAUUUAUGUGUUCGCACAAAACAAUUACAUUUUUUCUAAUUAGCAAAAAUUGUAAUACUUAGCUGUUUAUAUUUUAUACAUCUAGAUUUGGAUCCUGUAGCACAUUUUGUAUUUCUUUGUAUGAUUUGCUGUAUUUUCAAGUUUUUUAACUUAUUGGUAAGAUAGUUAGCUUUGUCUUUGAUUUAGCAUUUAGCAAGCACUAACUAGUUAUAAUAAUAAAGUUUUUCUAAGUCAUUGCCAGUGCUUUCUUUUUGGCUUAUUGAUAUGUUUUGACACAUGAAAUCAGGAUAGGUGCAUCACAAAAUCAGGAAUUAUUAGGAAGUAGUGACCGUACCUAUGAGGGCUUUCUCUUGUCCUCACUUGCUUGUGGCAGCAGGAGCCGGGGCGCUGGGGGAGAGGGGAGGUUCAG